AUGACCGCUGUGAACUCAGUUGACGAUGUCGAUGCUUGGAUCGCUCAGCUUUCCGAAUGCAAGCAGCUUCCUGAAGCUGAUAUCAAGAAGCUAUGCGAUAAGGCACGCGAGGUACUACUUGAAGAAUCCAACGUGCAACCUGUACGGUGUCCUGUAACGGUGUGUGGCGACAUCCAUGGCCAGUUCCAUGACUUGCAAGAGCUCUUUCGGAUUGGUGGCAACUCGCCUGAUACAAAUUAUCUUUUCAUGGGUGAUUACGUCGAUCGAGGAUACUAUUCAGUGGAAACGGUUACGUUGCUCGUUGCUCUCAAGUUGCGAUACAAGGAUCGUGUGACCAUCUUAAGAGGCAAUCAUGAAUCUCGCCAAAUCACUCAAGUCUAUGGCUUUUAUGAUGAAUGCUUACGGAAGUACGGCAAUGCCAACGUAUGGAAGAUGUUCACGGAUCUCUUUGAUUACUUGCCCUUGACCGCUCUUAUCGAAGAUCAGAUCUUUUGUCUUCAUGGUGGUCUAUCUCCUUCGAUUGAUACCCUUGAUCAAGUUCGGGCUUUGGAACGCUUCCAAGAAGUGCCACAUGAAGGUCCCAUGUGCGAUCUCUUGUGGUCUGAUCCUGAUGAUCGAUGUGGCUGGGGCAUCUCACCUCGUGGCGCAGGCUAUACCUUUGGUCAAGAUAUCGCAGAGACGUUCAAUCACAACAAUGGCCUGACUUUGGUUGCAAGAGCUCAUCAGCUGGUUAUGGAGGGAUACAAUUGGUGCCACGAUCGCAAUGUCGUUACCAUAUUCAGUGCUCCCAACUACUGCUACCGUUGUGGCAACCAAGCAGCCAUCAUGGAAAUCGAUGAACAUCUCAAAUACUCCUUCCUCCAAUUCGAUCCAGCACCUAGAAAGGGAGAGCCCCAUGUUAGUCGACGCACACCAGAUUAUUUCUUGUAA